AUGUCGCAACAGACGUGCUCGUGUGCCGACCGCAAUUGCUUCCAUGGCGGUUGUGCUUGUUUCACAAAUGAAGGGGUCUGCUCUAAGGACUGCAAGUGCCGUGCUAAGUGCAAGAACAUCUUGGGAAAUGAGAAGACGAUCACAAAGCAAUUCGCUGAAUACAACCAAGCUGCCGCUGCCCAGCCUGCUUCUGACCAAGCUGCCGCUCAACCUCAACCUAAGCCAUUGCCAGAACUAGAACCAGGGUCUGCGCGACAGCCGUGCCACUGUGCCUCGUCCAAGUGCCAAAACUUCUACUGCAGAUGUGUCAGGGCUAACUUGCCUUGUUUUGAGCGCUGCGACUGCAAGGACUGCGGUAACACCAAGACCCAUGAGGAGAAGCUCCAGGAUCUAGGGAUCAAGGUUGAGGAUCUUGCUUCAGGUUCGACCGUGAUGACUCGUGGGAAGGCGCAGGCUGCCAAGGAGUCUGCCGUUGGGUGUAAAUGCCAAACCGAAUGCGCCAGUCGCUGCGGUUGCGUGAGGCGUAACAUCAAGUGCACCUCCAAAUGCAAGUGCCAAGUGUGCGGCAAUGACGACGGGAGCAGAUUUCCAGCCAAUAAGUCCAAGGCUGGAUCUGGAGGUCAAGGAGGUACCAGAAGCAGCAGCAGGGCCGUCGAACCGGCGGGCAAACGGCCAAAACACGGGUGA